AUGAAUAGACAGCGCAUCUUCAUGUUUUUGACUAUACUGUCGGCAGCCCUAACGCCGGCACUUGGAAAACAAUAUUCCUUGUCGGAGUCGUCCGAUUGGAGUGGCGUUCACGGGUCCAGUGAAACAUGUAUAAUAGCAAAUUAUUCUGAUGUAGUAAAUUUUGGAAUACCCGCUGGGUUUGGAGACGAUAAGUCAUUUUGGGUAGCGUCUGAACAUGUUCUCUCACAAUGGAUAAAACUGACAGGCUGUUUCACAGCGAAUGCCCUCCUCACCAAUGUAACGAAACAGACAUUUACAUCGGUUGAAAAAUGCUUGAUAUUUUGCAGUGGUAACUUUGGAAUAGCUGGUGAACAAUGUAUUUGCCAGGAUUCCUAUGUUCUGUCUUCAUAUGGUUGUUUAGGAUGGAAUUGUUCUGCAGAAGAUGAUGUAUUCUGUGGUGACACCGACAAAAAUCAUGGAAAGGACUGUGUAUGUGAUUACAGAUUGAUUGAUAUUAGUGUAAAGAAAUCAGAGAUGAUCGACGAUAUGUGUGUAGCCUACAAUAUCAAAAGUAAAUCUCUACAAGCACAUAAUUGCUCUGAUAAAUUACGCAAGCUUUGUGUCGAUGCGGCUAACAAUAAGGUUUAUCCAGAGACGAACCAACACAAGUGGUCAGAUGCAGGACGCAAUUGCUACAAAGACAAUAGACAAUUCUGUUAUUCUACAGACUUUGACAACGGAACUUUUAAUAAGUCGAAUGGAUUGUACUGGGUGGCGAUUUUUCGCGUCAGUCUUAGUUGGAAUGAUAUACCGUCCACUUCACUUUAUUGUCCUGCCGUUGAAAAGCGCAAUGGAAGCAUAAUACAUCUGAUGAGACAAUGUACCGAUCGUCUGCCGUCGUUAUGCAUUACAGAACAGGACAUUUUCCAUCACAUUUCUACUACAUCAAGAACAAGGUUUAAUCCUAUUGUCGCUGUUAUUGCUGUUAUCGUGGUUGUCCUGCUUGUAAUCUUCAUCUCCGCUUGUGUUGUAGUUAAGUUACGACAACGGAAGAGGGAGGGCGGGAAAAUACAGGAAUCAAGAAAGUCUUCCUUACCAAUGUGUCCUAAUGGUAACGAUGGCAACAGGCUCGAGGUAAAUUCUGGUAACAGCGACAACGAUAUUUACAACGUCCUACACGAAGAAAGACGAUAUCGUCCUAAUGACGAAGAGGACUUGUAUGACCAUGCAGCGGCAGACAACAACACUUAUGGUCAGUUUCAAAAGAGUCAAGUAACCUAUGGAGAAUCCCCUUAUGACACUAUGGCGGCUAUUCGUUGUACGGCGGGAGUGUAUGGGACAAAUUAUACGACAGAAAGUUAAUUUUAUUAGCCAGCGUAUUGAAGUUCCGAAUGAGCAGACUUGACGCUAUCUUAACCACACACGGGAAGAUGAUUGGUGGUUGAUAGAGAAUGGUGGAUGUGUUUGUAAUGCUGUGAUAUUAUGGAACAACCUUUGUCUUUGUGAGUAGUAUUUGUACAUAGGAAAGAACACACAGUUUGUGUAGUUUUCCGUCUGCUUUGGGCCAGGUAUAGAAUGAAAACGUAUCUAACUGUAAUUAUGUGCAGUUGAAACUCUCGAAAUUCGAGGGACCGUGGAAAAUAUUUCGACUCAGACGAAGUGUAUAAAUAAGGUUGACGAUAUCAGUUUUUUGACGUUGAUUACAGUUGAACCAAGUAGGGCUAUGAUAGCACGCAAACAGCGUAGUUUAAUCUGAUAUUUGAAAUGACAGCAUAUAAACAAGCACUAGACUUCACAAAUUAAUUUAACAAGUCCCAAACAUUUAAUAUAAAGUGAGGAAAUGAUGUGUUAGACACCGAAUCCUUACGCAACUGAAGUAGUAAAUUUGUUAAUGUAGCGACCAAUACCAACUUUUGGGGGUAUCUGCAGAAAUAUUUUAAUUGAUCUAAAUUUAUAUCUUAUGAUACGUCAAGAUUUUUUUUAUAUAUUAAAAAACCUGUCUAUCAAAGCCAUUUAAAGGGCCAGAGAAACGUAACCUUUAUAUGGUCUUUAAACGGAGAUCCAAGUAAUAUUACUUGAAUAGGGUUCGAAACUAGCGAUCUUGAUAGACAGGUAAUCAUUGUACAGCAGUGAUCUUUAUAGACAGGUACUUGUCGUAUAAUGUGACCUUAAUAGAUAGAUAAUUAUUGUACAGAGGUGACCUUUGUAGACAGGUUAUUUUAUUGUUUAGUGGUGACCUUAAUAGACAGGUACUUAUUUUAUAACGAUGACCUUAAUAGACAGGUUCUUAUUGUAUAGUGAUGACCUUAAUAGACAGGUACUUAUUUUAUAGUGAUGACCUUAAUGGACAGGUACUUAUUUUAUAGUGAUGACCUUAAUAGACAGGUACUUAUUUUAUAGUGAUGACCUUAAUAGACAGGUACUUAUUUCAUAGCGAUGACCUUAAUAGACAGGUUCUUAUUGUAUAGUGAUGACCUUAAUAGACAGGUACUUAUUUUAUAGUGAUGACCUUAAUAGACAGGUACGUAUUUUAUAGCGAUGACCUUA